AUCGCCGCCUCUAUUGGUGGCCGCUCUUUUAGACAAAUUCCGGAGCAAUAGAACGCGUUUAGCUUGCGUCUUUGUCACGAUGCAAUCUUAAUGAUUGAACAAACAUGCUCUUUUAUUUUCAUUUCUGGUUCUCGGACAAACGAUGGUUUUCCCCCGUAUGAUGAAUCCGCCCGGCAACAGCGAUAUUUCAAUAGGAAACUCUCAAACGCUGAACUCCAGCGUGAACAUUUUGGUAAGCUACGCUACGUCGCCGAAAAAAACGUGGCUCGCCCCGCGUGCGAACCAAGUGACGUUCCAUUUUCAGUUCGUAGGCUUUGACAUGACGUCACUGCAGCCCUUCCGGGGAACGGCCGCCGAUGUCCAGGAAGGCUCACGAAAGUGGUUAUUGCGGCAUUUCACCGCCUUGUCGAAGGGGCAGCAAGCGGGAGCCGCCAUGAUUUCGGGCACGUACGGCAACGAGAAGCCCCUGGUGAUCCGCGUGCCCUUCAUGACGUGCGCCCUGGGCAUCGUCUCCCUGCCGCUGAUGGCCCUGGUCACCUGCGUCCUCAUCUCGUCCAUCUUUCACUUUGAGGACUCCACGAGGACGCACUGCCACGUUCCCAACUACCUGCCGUCCAUCAGCGCCGCCAUCAGCCUGAGCCCCGAGUGCCACAUCUGGCGCUUGUGCGUGGGCCUGCACUCGGCGCCCCGCUUGCUGGUGGCCUUCGCCUACUUCAAGUUCUACAAGGUGCGCUUCGCCGCCCGCCUGCCCGAGAGCGCGCUGGCCUACCUCAGCCUGGCCUUCUCCGUCUCCGAGAACCUCGGCCUGCUGCUGCUCACCUACGUGUCGUCCAGCGAGACUUACCUUGUCCACAAGGAGGGCUUCGUCCUCUUCCUCCUCAGCUCCUUCGCCUACAUGCUCAUCACGUGCCGUCUGUGGAAGGCCAUCAAGAGGUUUUCCUUGAACCCCGAGGAUGCCAAAUCCCAUCACUGGAAAGUGCGUUUACUCAUCCUCAACUUGAGCUUCUGCGCUUUUGCCACAUUCUUUUACAUCAAACACAACUUGUACUGUGAGUCGGGGAGUUACACAUUGUUUGCCCUGUUUGAGUAUCUCAUCGUCUUCUCCAACAUGGCCUUCCACAUGACGGCGGCGUGGGACUUCAGGAGCCACGACGUGAUGGUUAUUUCCUGCUCGGAGCCGAAGGACUUCUGACUAGAGACUUCCACCAAGAAACCCCCUCCCACAUGUGAGGAGAGGACAUAAAGUAGAUGCACAGAAGCUGGAGAACGGAUGCCAGCGUGCCAAGAUGCUUAAAUGUUCCUCGCUCCGUUUUAUUGGUGACGUGCAUGAACACGGCUGCUUGUUUUGCUUACUUGUGCGGGGAGAGACUCAACAGUAAGUCAAAUGGCAACAGCUGAUUUGAUCGCAGUGUGCCAAAGGGGCAGCUCUUUAAUUGAGCUUAAAAAAAAAGUAUUAAACAAAAUCAUAUUUAUUGCAGAGCGGCAAGAACAAUGUUAUUAUUUAUUGUAAAUUGUCCUGGAGCUGCCAUGAUUGCUUUGAUUUUUUUUUCUCAGAAGAACAUUGUUCUCUUGAAGAGGAAAUAAAAAUGACUUUAAAAAACAAAA